AAACGAUUAUAAUGCCCAAAUAGUUGUAAAUACAGAGUAAUGAGUACGCUACAGUUUCCAGAAAAUUAAAAAUUAAAAAAAGAAAGGGAAAAUAGAAAAAAGAAAAGAAAAGGGUAGAGAGCUAUAGAAAAUGGGUGAUGCGAUGAUGUUGGGAUUUGUUUAUAAGCAAAAGAGACGACGACGAGAGAGAACAAGGAAGAGGAGGGUGUGACACCUAUCAACUCUGAUAUAUCUAUCCUCAACAUAUAUGUUGCUCCAGAGAUCUGUCACAUGUGUCUGAUCUAUUUUAUUUGGAUUGAAUAGACACAGAGAUACUCUGUCUUAUUUUCAAGGAUUUGGUAGGUAAUUGGCUUUACUGUGACUAGGCUGGAGAAGGGGAUUUUGGAUAAGUUUUUAUAGAGAAACUGGGGAGGCUGUAGAAGAUCUCACAGGUAUCCUGUAAGUGAUAAGGUCCUUUGAGCAUUGGCAUGGGUCUGCCACACACUACUUCAAACGAGCAAGCAAAUGAAUGGUUGUCUGCUUCAAGUUGCAGCCUUUCUCAAAGUCUUCCUGUAAAUGCCACUUCAGGUGAUUUGGAUGGUAAUAUAAGAGGGAAUGAAGGAAACCUCUGCUUCUCUACUGGAGAAUCUGAUAGGAAAACCACAUUGGAAUCUUUGGAGUUCAGAGAUGACUUAUGGAGAUUUCAUGACGCUCCGGCUGUUACAUCAUUAUCUGAUCACGAACCGGCUUAUGCCAUGGACAAGGUUAACUUGAGUCGAACUGAAGUUAGAAGGAUAGUUGGUUUUCAAUCAAAUGAAUCUAGCUCACUGAGUAAUGAAUACACAAGUAUCACUGGUAAUCGCACUGGUGGAUCUAAUGAAGUAGAUAUUACCGGUGGAUCGUUAGUCAGGAAAAGGGUAAGCUCUCCUCUGAAUAAGCUUUUCCCUGAGAAAUUUAGAGGUGAGUCGCUUGAUAUCAGCCGUGGCAACCAACAGGUUACUUCUUCUGGUCUUCAUAAUGGAUUUCACAUUCCUAUUGCACAAGAUCAUAAAAAGGCCAAUAUCUCUGGGACAUUAUCUUUCUUUACCACUUCUACCUGCUCUGAAUGGGGGAGUGACUCGUCACACAGGGGUAAAAUUUCGUCUUCCGUUUUCACUGAUGGUCCAUUGCUCGACUCCAAUGAUCUGCAGCCCACAAAAGAUAUACCUUGCUUAUAUUCACCAGUACAUAAAAUAUCUCAAGUACCCGCUAAGCCAUUACCUUGCCAUAAGAGUAUAUCUGUCUCUCCGCCACUUUCUCUGUCACCUCUUGGGCCAAGAUUUUCCGAGAGAAUGAAAGCUCUACAAGGGGGCCUAAAUGGGAAGAUUUUCGAAGAUGGUGUUUAUUUAAGGAAUACUGGUGAAGAAGCAGAACUCAGGACUGGUUGUAGAUCAUUUGAUGAUACUAAUGGUAUCCAGAGAGCCUUUUCAAUGGAUAGAGCAAUUGAAUCAGUUCCUACAUCUCCAUGUAAAAGGUUUAGUAGAAGUCUGAGUGGGCGUCCCAUUCAAAGGUCAUUGGUUGGUUCGUUUGAAGAAUCCCUCUUUUCAGGAAGAUUGUCUGGGCAAACUAAUCAGAUCGACGGUUUUCUCGCCAUUCUUAGUAUUGCUGGUGGAAACAUUUCUCCAAAAUCACAAAAGCUUCCAUUCUCAGUAACAAGUGUUGGUGAUGAUUGCUUCUUACUAUAUUAUUCCUCCAUAGAUCUUUCUGGAGGAUCAUUGCCAAACAAAUUAUGGGGUCAGAAAUUGAAAACCAACCAAAACACUUCUGAUGCUCAGACCAUUAAUAAACGGCUGCGGAUCCCUAUGAAGGGUCGGAUUCAAUUGGUUCUGAGUAACCCUGAAAAGACACCUCUUCACACGUUCCUCUGUAACUAUGAUUUAACUGAUAUGCCACACGGCACAAAGACCUUCCUGCGCCAAAAGGUCACUCUGGCCUCCUCUGUCCCGACCAAAGCCAAAAACUCCAUAGAUGGAGACCAAACUAUUGCAAAUAAAGGUAGUGAAGGAUCUAAUCCAGUGGAUGAAUUUCAUUCACCGAAUGAGUGUAGGAACAAGAACUGUCGUGAGACGUACAGAGAAACAGGACAACGCUGUUCAAAGUCUGGAGUGUUACGUUACGCACUUCAUCUGAAAUUUAUUUGCCCUUCACGCAAGAAAGCUUCAAAAUCAGGUCAGAAGAAGAGCUUGGUUGCAGCAGAUGAGAGAGAGAGGAGAUUCUAUUUGUAUAACGACAUGAGAGUUGUGUUUCCUCAACGCCACACGGAUUCUGAUGAAGGAAAGUUAAAUGUGGAGUAUCAUUACCCAGAAAAUCCAAGAUACUUCGACGUGUAAUUCAAUGCUUCUUUUUUUUUUGGUCGGCAAUUCAAUGCUUCUAAUUUUAAUUUUUUGUUAGAAGAAAAUAAGUUGUAGAUAGCCAUAUUUCAGAAAUUUGCUGACCCACUUUGUAUAUAACCCAAAGUCGGUUUAUAAAAACAAACCCACUUUGUUUUUGAUAAA